AUGGCAGGAGGCAACACGAUUCUGGAGCUGAAGCAUCACGUGCUGAAUGGCAGGCUGGCACAGGCAAAGAAGCUGAUAGCAGCGUCGCAGAUCUCAUUGGAGGAGACAGCAGAUGAGGAUGGAAACACGCCGCUUCAUUGGUUGGCGCAAGCCCUCGAAACAAAGGCCCCGGAGGCCACUGACCAGGAGAUGCUGGCCUUUCUGCUGCAAAAUGGGGCUCCAAAGAACCGGCAGAACUCGCUGGGGGAGACUCCCCUGAUGUCGGCUGUUCGGCUCUUCUUGCUGGAUGAGCAGCGCGCGCUGGUUUUGAUUGAGGAGCUUCUCUCGAAGGCGCGCGUGGAUCCCAGCCGAUGCGACAUGGUUGGCGAGACGCCUCUCAUGGAGGCUGCUGCGGCUGGAUUGGAUGGCCUGGGAGAGGUCCUCUUGAACCACCGCGCCAACCCCCUGGCCGAGAGCUCCAGCGGCCUGACAGCACUGCAGCUGGCGCAGGAGUACAAGCAGGAAGCGUUCGUGACGCUGCUGAAGUCUCCUUUGGCGGAACGGGCUGCCAUGGAGGCCAGGAAGGAGGAAGCAUCCGGCAGGUGCGCAGCCUUGCUGGCACAAGCUGACGGCACGCUACUUGUUGUCGACGUUUCCCACCUGGAACAGAAGGAGUGGACGGACAUGCUCCUGCAGAAGGACUGGGAGGCUCGGCGGCAGGCAGUGCAGGCACUUGGGCGCCUGCCGCUGGCACGUGGCAACGCCAGAGCUGUCGAGCUCGUUUGUGGCUGCCUCGAGGAUUCAGAUGCCCUGGUCCGACGAGCGGCCUUGGACUCAGGCGUGCGGUUGCUGCUGCCAGAGCCCGCUGGCGAAGAGGCUAGCGAGGAGGAAGCUGCAUCGGCAGCAAAGGCCUUGGCGGAGGCCCAGGCCUCCUCGGCCUGCUGUGGCUUCAUUGACAAGGUUCUGCAGCGGCUCCGCUGCGAUGAGGAUUGGGGUGUCCGUCGCGUGGCCCUCGCUUCGUUGGGUGCUGCUGCACCCAGGGGCACUGAGCCCGCGCUGGCAGCACUGAAGCCCUUCCUCGCCGAUGCGGACGAUGACGUGCGCGCGGCUGCAGCGGCCGCAGCAGGUCGACUCGCGCCCAUCGGUGAUGAGGUGUGGAUUGCCCCAUUGAUAAAGCUGUUGCAGGACGACGACGAGGGAGUCCGCCAAGCGGCUCUCCUGGCGGUGGCGCGAACUGCGCCCAAAGGCCAUAGAGGCGCCCUGGAGGCCGUCGGGGAUGUUAUGGAUGACGAUGAUGCUGCUCAGUCAGAACUCUGGGAAGUGAUUUCCGCACGUCUUCUCAAUGAGCUCUAUGGUUUCUCCAACAUCAACACAGGCGAGUGGACUGAUGGACUUGUUGCCCUGCUGGUGCGUGAGGCCGUGAGCGACACAUCUGACAACAAGAAGUGGGUCGUGUUCGAUGGGCCCGUGGAUGCAAUAUGGAUCGAGAACAUGAACACGGUGUUGGACGACAACAAAAUGCUUUGCCUCGCGAACGGCGAGCGAAUCAAGCACUGCUCUCACUGCCGAAGUCCGCAGUAA